CAAGCGUUCAACGUGCAACAUGAAGACAUUUACCGCACUAAUCUUGAUGAGCCUGAUGCUGGCUGCAUCCAUAUCAGCGAUGCCACAGCGCCGACAGCUGAGGCAGAAGAGUCAACGCCAAGUGGAGCUGGUGGCAAGCACACCGUAUCCGGCAGCAGGUUUCCGACCCAGAAUAGCCUUCGAUCUGCCCAGCGAGCGUCAGCCCAAGCUGGAGGAGCCACUGGCAACCACGACAGCAGCAGCACCACUUGCCACCUCGAGCAGUGAUGUGGAGGAGUUCAGCAGCACCACCGAGGUGGAGCAACAGACGGAAAUUGAAACUGAGGCAAAUGCACGCACUCCAGCCAGCACUUAUGGUGCUCCCGAAUCCAAUCCGGAGGAUACCGUUGAAGUGGUAGCUCAGGUGCCCGCCCAGGACUUUCAGCCACCCGUACGCGAGGCUGUGGAGGAUUUUGCCGCUGUUGCCGUUGAUGGCGUUGCUCUUGAGCAGCAGCCUGUUGCUGAUCUGCCUGCCCUGGACCAAUCCGAGACGCCACUGAGCGACAACGACGAGGAGCUGCCUUCAACUGAAGUGGCAUUCAAGGCGGCAACGACGCCAGCCAACACUUAUGGUGCACCCAACACACCAGCCCGCGAAUAUGGAGCCCCAGAGCUGGAGGAGCCCGACAACGAGCUGGAAGUAGAAGAAUCUCAGGUGGAGCUGGUCGAGGAGACGGAACAGGAACUGAGCGAAGCAGCUGCUCUGGGUUUAACCAGCGGUCGCUUGAUUCUGCUGCCCAUUAACGCAGCAGGCGGUCAAUUUGGACGCCUCAUCCUGGCCGUGGAGCAGCCCAAGCAGCAGCUGGGACGCCAACGUAUACGCAGCGAACGCCUGCGCCGGAACUAAACCCAAAGUCAAGAGUGAAUCAUCCGACAAUCGACAAUUGAUAAUAAAUAUUUGCAGAUAGCCUUUAA